AUGUCCGGAUGUCUUGAUCAAAUCCGAUGCGAUUGCACAUUCGAUUUGGAAGGACGCAGAAAUGCCGUCGCUUCCAUCGUUGCCGCGUUUCUAUUCUUUUCAUCUUGGUGGUUGAUGAUUGAUACAGCUGCAGUUUAUGAUAAAGCUGAUUGGACAAAUGUCUAUUUCAUAAUCACUGUUGCGAGCACGAUCGCCAUGUUUAUGGUGAACGCGAUAUCCAACAGUCAGGUUCGAGGUGAGAGUCUUCAUGAAGGCCUCCUUGGCACCCGAGGUUCACGCCUUUGGCUGAUGGCGGCGUUUGUUCUCUCGUUCUCGUCGUUGGUGGCGGCGACGUGGGUUCUGUUUUCCGACUACGUUCUCCGCCAAGGCGAUCAUCCGGUGUGGCCGGGCGUCGCGUUAUUCCUCACCAAUUUCAUCAUUUUUGCGGCGUCGUGCGUUUACAAAUUCGGACGCACCGAGGAGAUCGUGAUUUUUUGGUUCGACGAAAUGCCGACGACGGUCGAUUGGCCAUCAGGGUAUCUUCCUCCGCCUGAACCGCCGCCGCCUCGAAAAAGUUUGAAAGGCGAUGAUCGCCUCAAAACGCGCUUCGAGGCGUGCAAAAACGGCCUUCAGGAAUUGGAUGAGCUUCGAGUCAAACACGCCCAAAUGAUCAAGAAUUUGCGUUCACGUCUUCCGUUGAUUCCUGGAAGCAUUGGCGAUGUUCAAACGAGAGAAAAAAAAUCGCGAUCCGCAUUUAUUGAUCGAUUUUCAUCGCAUUCGGCAGAUUCUGGAGUGUCUUCGGUGGAACAGACGACCAUCACUUCGACCCGCAGUUCUUCACCAUCGCAAGAUGAUGAUAUGUUUAUGACGCCCGAGAAUUCGCAAUAUGCCGUAAAUUGUAGCCCGAAUGUGUCGUUUACAAUGUUUCAAAAAUUAUCGUUGGAGGGUCGCAAAAGCGGAAAUGAAUUCACAAGCUCAGAGUUGCAAUUGAGAAACUCGCAUCAGGGAUCGAGGAAAUUAACUCGACCGAAAAGUUUGAUUGAUAAUACUUCCGGAAAAAGUUUGCUCAUCGAAAAUUUGCCAGUUCAUCAUGACGUAUACAGAAAGCAUAAAUCGGCGUUUCAACCGGUUUGCAAGAAGAGGCCCACCUCAAUGUUGCCCAUCAACUUCGAACAGUUGAGAACAAACGAGGAUGAGCGAUUCGCGAGCACCAAUGCCCAGCAUUGUCAUAUAACGAAACGCGACGUUGAGUCAGCCGAUAGAAUGUUUCGUGCCAAUGUGGUGUAUGUGAGAUCGCCGGAAACGUCGAGGGUCAACGUGCGAUUCUCGCCAUCCCGGUCGCGAUUCGCCGACGAUGGCUCGUGUAAAUCGCAAGCGUCGAGAACGUUUGCAGCUAAGCCAAUCAUCAUUAGACGAUCGAUUUCGCCGAAACCUACGCGACAUUCCACGUGGCUUCAAUCUCAACCACUUUAA